CCACAUCUCCUCUUACACUACCACGCCACUCCCCCACGAUGUUGAGCAGACUCCAAAUCUGUCUCGUCAUGAGCGUCCUGCUCGUCAUGACAGCCUCCCCCGUGCUGUCCACCAGGAGCAAUUCAGGAGCAUCUUCACCAGCCUCCUCCAUUGGCUCUCCAGACUUCAUCGACGUUGCCCCCGGUGCGCAACCUCUACCGCACGUUCCAGCGCCCGCACAUCACUUCUACCCGUACAAUGCAGAGCACUACACUGUCAGGCCGAGCAAUCGGCCUCCGGACUCGAGGGAGACGACACAGACCUUCUCUCCUCCGCGUAGGCCUGCACCAAGACCCGAUCAGGCAGGACCAUCUCGUCCGGCGCAGCAGGGACAGACUGUCGUCUCGCCACCACGCUGGAGGCACUACCCUUCUAAUCCAGCAGGCUGGACUCAAAUGCGGUUCUCUCCUCAGAGGAAUCCGGCAGCAUGGAGUGGACAUGCGUCGCCGUCACAGAGGAAUUCGCCAUCCUCGAGACACUCGUCGCCGUCGCAGAGGAAUUCGCCAUCCUCUAGACACUCCUCGCCAGGGCAGAGGAACUCCCCACCCUCCAGACACUCGCCCCCGGCGAGAGCCCAUUCGCCACAAUGGUGGCCAACACCACCUCGCGGACACUCUUCAAGACCAAUCAAUGUCGCUCCUAGCAGCGGGACACAGCAGUUCCCUAUGAAUCUCCCAUCAGGACAUGUCUAUCGGAUCCCGCGAGAGCGUACUGGUGGGGGUAGCAAGGCGAAGAAGGUGCUCAAGAAGAUUGGUGGCUGCUUCACUGGCAAGGGCUUGAGUUGCGGAUGAGAGGAAAGAUGCGUUCAGAUUGGGGCCCUGUAUGUAGUGAGUCCGCUAAGG